AUGACAGAUGAGAUGAGAAUAAGUCUGCCGGAAGCCCUUGAUGGAUUAUCCAUUAUACGAAAUCAUCGUAAUACAAAUGAGCGAUUAAAUGCAAUUAAAGUAAUGAUAGAAACAAUGAAUAUUACUAUAGAUAAAAAAAUAUUUAUCUAUAGCGAUCCAAUGGAUGAUAUAAAAAAUCAUUUAUUUAGUGGUUGGCCAGAAAGGCUUUAUGUUUUAUAUGACGAAAAGAUUUUAUUUCAAGGUAAACCAGGAUCAAUCGGUUAUUCAAUACCAUCAUUAGAUUAUUUCUUGAAAAGACACGUUGUCGUUAAUAAUUAG